UCUCUCAACUCCAACCAAGAAUGGUGAGAUUGCCAUCAUCAUAUUCCAUUUUGGCCUUAUUAGCUAGUCUACUAGCUCUAGAGGCAUCGAUCGUCGGGGCGUUCGACUACAGCAUGGCCCUUGACAAGACUUUGUUGUUCUUUGAGGCGCAACGGUCGGGUAAACUCCCCGUGAACCAACGUGUAAAAUGGCGUGGUGAUUCAGGCCUUAGUGACGGUUAUGCUCAGGGGGUGAACUUGGUGGGAGGGUAUUACGACGCCGGCGAUCAUGUGAAGUUUGGGCUCCCAAUGGCGUUUAGUGUGACGAUGCUGUCAUGGGCUGCAGUUGAUUUCAGGCAAGAAUUGGUGAGUUUGGACCAGAUGGGACAUACUUUGAGAGCAAUCAAAUGGGGAACUGAUUACUUCAUUAAGGCACAUCCUCAGCCUUAUGUUCUUUGGGGACAGGUUGGAGACGGAGUGUCGGAUCAUUGUUGUUGGGAACGAGCAGAGGAUAUGACCACGCCAAGAACGGCGUAUAAGCUCGACCCUGAGCAUCCGGGAUCGGAUCUUGCCGGAGAAACGGCCGCCGCCCUUGCCGCCGCCUCUCUUGCUUUCAAGCCUUAUGAUUCUGCCUACUCUAGCCUUCUGCUUGUGCAUGCAAAACAGCUUUUUUCCUUUGCAAAUAGAUUCAGAGGCUUCUAUGAUGACUCCAUUGGAUCAGCCAAGCAGUUCUAUACAUCAACCGGUUACUCGGAUGAACUGUUGUGGGCUGCUACAUGGCUCCACCGGGCGACAAACGACGACUACUACUUGAACUACGUCGUCGACAACUGUGUCUCUUUAGGUGGAACAGGAUGGGCAGUCAAAGAAUUUUCAUGGGACAACAAGUACGCCGGAGUUCAGAUCCUCCUCUCUAAGGUUUUGCUGGAUGGAGCUGGAGGAGCAUACACUUCCACACUACAACAGUAUCGAGCGAAAGCCGACUACUUCACCUGUGCCUGUCUGCAGAAGAACGACGGCUACAACGUUCCUAUGACUCCUGGGGGUCUGCUCUACCUGCAUGAAUGGAACAACCUGCAGUACCCUGCCUCGGCUGCGUUUCUACUAGCUGUCUACUCAGACUAUCUUGCAAAGGCGAAAAGUGUCGUCAAAUGCCCAGAUGGCGAACUCCAACAUCAAGAUCUCCUCAACUUUGCAAAAUCACAAGCCGACUACAUUCUUGGCAAGAAUCCCAUGUCCUUGAGCUACAUAGUGGGCUACGGUCAAAACUACCCAAUGCACGUGCAUCACAGAGGUGCGUCUAUCGCCCCCGUUUCUCUGCUCAAAUCUGCAGUCGGAUGUGUGGAGGGAUUCGAGACGUGGUACAAACGUCCCGAGGCUAAUCCAAACGUUAUACAUGGAGCCCUUGUUGGAGGUCCCAAUGCUAAGGACGAAUUCACAGACGAUAGGUCAAAUUACGAGCAAACUGAGCCGACAUUGUCUGGUACCGCCCCUCUGGUGGGACUUUUCUCCAAGCUGCACAGUCUGCCUCGAAAUUCUGCAGCUUCCUAUAAUCAAGAAUCACAAAAACCUUCCAUUCCUUACCACAAACCACAAGCCCAUGUUCCGGUUCAAUUUCUUCACUCGAUAACCAACACAUGGACCGUCGGGAAGGAGGCGUACUACCGGCACAAGGUGAUCAUCAAGAAUGUGUCUGAGAAGCCCAUCAGAGAACUGAAGCUGCACAUUGAGAACCUGACAGGAUCCCUAUGGGGUCUUUCACCAACACAGGAGAAGAACACUUAUGAACUUCCUGAAUGGCUGAAAGUACUGGAGCCUGGUUCAGAUUGCAGUUUUGUGUACAUUCAAGGUGGUGCUCAGGCCAAGAUUUUAGUUCAAGCCUACCGUUAAGGAAACUAUGAGAUUUUGGACUAAUACAUGAUGUGAAUGUGAUAAAAAACACAUUUUCAAGCACAUGAUUUUGGUCAAAAAUAUAAUACAUAUAGGGAA